CGCUGAUCCUCUUUGUUGAUGACACCAAAACAUUUUGCGACUCUCCCAUCCUUUUCCUCCGGACCUAUAGAAGCCUUUAUGACGACAUUCCCAUGAGGUAGACCACGAAUUCUUCUCCUCCAGCGCUGCACGCACUCAUAUAUCCCGCCCAUACCGUUCUUGCGCUCCUCCGUCGCCCGUUGAGAAAACGUUUCGUCAUCCGGCUAGCUGCCAUAACCGAGGCACCAUGUCAGCCACCACCAUCCAGAGCCUCAAGGUUCUUGUGGAGAGCAUCAUUCUCGACCCAAAAUACCAUGACAUCCUCACAGUUGUCAAGGGCGCACGCAAUGGCGCUGUCUACGGCGCAAAAGUCCGCUUUCCACAUGCCUUGGUGAUGAUAAUGCUCUUUCGCUCCGGAACAUUCCGUGAGAAAGUACGACUCAUUUUCAAUGCUACAAAAACACACGCCCUGAAUUUGGCAAAAUUUGCGACGAUAUACAAGUCAACAUGCUUGCUUCUGAAGCUGUACGGGCCUACGCCGGGCAAAGAAGGCCCUUAUGACAGCUUUAUUGCCGGUCUUCUAGGCGGCUACGUUGUGUUUGGCCAGCGAUCCAAGCGCGGCAAGAUCUCGAGCGUCAGCCAGCAAAUCGUCAUCUACAUCUUUGCGCGCGUCGCGCUGGCGCUGGCGCGUCUGGCAGUCAAGCCCGGGUAUGGUCUUCCGGGGGUGUCAGAACCGAAGCAGAGUGCGGCGAUCAGUCACUAUGCCUGGCCAGUCUUUGCCAGCAUGUCAUGGGCAGCCGUGAUGCAUCUCUUCAGAUGGCAUGCCGCCGAGCUGCAGCCUAGCUUGCGCAGCAGCAUGGUUUACAUCUACCAGAAUUCUGACGACUGGGACGGGCUACGGAACUUUAUAUGGCACAACAAAUGAGGGAUCAGUGUACGAUGGAGACAUGAUAAGGAUAUUUCAAGGGCGUUCAUACGGUUGUAUAAUCACGGUGGCUUCUAGAUCUGCUCGCAGCUCCUAGCAUCAGCAUUGGCUUCUCGCAUUCUUGAUUACAGUCCGGGUAUGGGAACCCAAGGUUUUGUUUUAGAGGAGGUCUAUGCUGUGGUGGAUUGGUAAUAGAGGAUUACAGUACCUAUCUUGAGUAUGAAUUUCAGACACAGACUUGUGAAUCUCGGCAGUUUGGACA